GUGUUGAUUUUAAUAAAACUAGAAAAUUGUUGUAUUGUAUAGUUUUAGUUUACCUCUUCAUUGAGUAGACUACUUUAAAAUUAUGUAUGAAUUUGAUUUCGAUGAUCAAUAAAUCAAUAUAAUUAAAAAUUAUUUCUAGGCUAAAACAUUAUGUUAACUUUUAUUUCUGAAACUCUGAUAUUUUGUAAUUUGUUUAUACUGGUUAUUAAUAAUAUAGUGGUAUGGGCAAUACAUUUUUACUGAAAUAAUCACAUUUUUAAUAUAAUGUUACAUUAUUUACGUAAUAAGUCAAGACCUACCUAAUACCUAUAUAUCUAAGUACAUCAUGAAUAGUAGGGACAUUGUUCAAUUAACUUAAAAUUAGUGUAACAAAAAUCGUUAAAUUUUGUUUAUAUAGGUAACUACUCAAUUUCAUUAAGAGUUGCACUUCAAAAGACAAUAAAAAAGUUGAUUAUAAGCAAAUGAUGAUUUUCUUACUCCACUAAGAUGUGCGGAUUCACAGUUUAGGAUUGGCAGUACCAGUACCAUACUUGGAGACAAUAUGUGUUAUAGAUCCUUUCAUGAUUUUUUUUUUUUUUUUUAAUACAAUUUGUAGACACGCAGGAACAACUAAAAACUAUGGAAACUAUCAAACAAUAAUAUCGCGUUUAGAAUUUAUUGCAAUUACGAAUUUUACAUAAAGACUGCAGCAAGGUGGCGGAUUUGAGUCAUAAUCACAACGGUGUAUAUCUACGGUAUAUCAUUACACGCGAGAACGACAAUAACUGUCAUGCGGUUAUUUUGGAUACGACGAAAUAGAUUUCGUUUUUUUUUCGUCGGAUAAAAUCCGAUGAUAUUCGAACACGGUUUACACUGCAGCAUAAUGUUUUGGUUGAACCUAUCGAUACUGAUCGCGACGAUGGGCGGCGAGUGGUGCAUGCCUGCGGCGGCCGAGUUCGUGAUCACCGCCGGACAGGACGACGAACCGCUGUCGCAGUUCGACCGCGGCAGCUCGGCCGACGAAAGAUCGGAUUUGAGGCACCUCCGACGGUGGCAGAAGGAAAUGGAGGUGGACUCGUCCACGGGUCGGCCGGCAGCGUCACCGACGACGAAACCUACCGUGUCGUGGCGGUCCCGAUUUUCCACCGGCUUUCUCCGUCGUCGGCCGAACGACAUCGACAAAAGGCCCGCGGCGCGCCGUCGCGUCACCCACCGCCCGAAGGACAUAGGCGGCGCGGACACGCCGGAACAAGUGACCAGCUACGACUACAUCGACAGCGGAAGUCCGAAAACCGCGAAAUCCUCCGUCGCGAAAUCCACUGCCACGAAAUCCACCGUCGCCGCUAGAAUCCUGUUCAGCACCGAAGACGAGUGCGUGUCGGCCAACAAAGGACGAGCUUGCGUGUGUUUUAUGACCGAUUUCUUGGAUCUGAUCGUCCAACGGUUGGACGAAACGGUCGACGACGAAGACGACGCGGCCGCCGCGGUGCCGUUGAAUUGUCAUUCGUUCAAGUCAGUCCCGACGGCGUUUCUCGUGUAUCCCGUCGCCGCGGCCGGCGGCCUUAGUGGGACGACCGCGUCCACGAUGGCCGCCGUCCCCGCGACUGUUUCGGCCGACGUGGUGGUCGAGCGAAACGGCGGCAAGAGCGGCGGGGGCCGUGGCCGCGGUGGUGUCGGCGUCCACGUCGAGAAGAAGGCCGCAGAUGUGCCGGCCGUUCCCUCGUGGAAAGAAGUAGAUUUUGACGACGUCGUCAACUACCGACUGGAGAAGUCGUCCGACGAUCAUUACGCAGUGCAAUACGGCUUGGUGGGAAACGACGCCAAAGUCCCAUGUGUGAUCAACGGUAACGGAACAAAAAUGAAUGCGUUCAAAUGGGACUUUAAAAAGGAUAAACAUAAAACUAAUUCUACGGUCGUCGGCACAGAUACAAAUAUAUUAUUGAUAUUGGGGUUGGAACCUGGAGACAGUAAAAAUUACACUUGCAUACCAAAGAUGGUCGGAGAUUCUAAAAAUGGCACUUCCUACAAGCAUUACGUUGUAGCCGUCGAAAAAGCCAUUUAUGAAAUCCGCGGCUCAGUGGUUUACAAGACUCGCGGUGAUGGUGGUUGUACACACGAUGUAACGGUUCUCGUGCAAAAACAGUUACCCAGUUCUAUGCGUAAUGAAUUGUGUCCUGAGGGAUCGUCACGGUACGCAUGCAAUGUCAUCGUCGAAAAACCAAAAUGCGCUGAAGAUAAAAGAACGAUGGAAAUAAAAUACUUAGUGACGCUAAAUGACAAAGCCAAUUAUUUGGCUCGGAUUAGAACUAGUAAGAAAGGUCGAAUCGCCCAGCGCUACCAAAAACUAUUGGCAAGAAUAUCCAGUGUCUUAGCUUCAAACCUUAACAAAACGUUGACGGUUCCAAUAAUAUCCAAGUUGUCGUUGAUUGACACAAAUUUUGAACCUGACUCCAGCCGAAUGAAUUUGAAAAAGUUUGUUUCCUGUACACCGGGUUUUGGUAUUCGGGAGGUGUUUUGCGCUGCUUGUCCACCACACCAUUAUAGUCCGGAUAAGUCGAUCGAAUGUUUGAAAUGUGUCAAGGGUUUCCAUCAGCCGGUUGCCGGAUCGGAGAAGUGCAUCAAAUGUCGUAAUAUUUUUUCCAGUGGUUGUUAUGUGAAAGAAGUUUCACCUAAAAUUUAUUAUGUUACGUGUUUAGCCUGUUUAUUGGUAUGUUCAAUUCUCGCGAUUUCGUGUGUAUUUUGUUGCCGCGAAGAGAACGAAAAAAGUAUAAGGAUAAUUCCAAGGAAAAUAAGGAAAAAAUUCAAAAAAACUAAAAAGUACAGUGUGCUGUCUUCUUCUCAAACGGAAGAUACACCAGACAGCAUUAGCAGUGUUAUAAAAAAAAAAACUGGUAAAUUAAAAAACCUUUUGAAGUUUAAAAAAAAAUCUAAACCUAAAAUAGUCGAUUCAAAAAUAAAAUUCAAUACCGUACAUGAAAAAUUUGGUGAACGAAUUCAGAAUGAUCACGUUACCAGUGAUAAUAGUACGACUGAUUAACUUUACAUUUUUGUAAAAAGUUUGUAUAAUUAUUUGAUAAAUAUUUUAUUCGUAUUAUUGUAAUACAUACAAUUUUUCCUUUUCUUCAUAUUGCAUAAUUAUUAUAUUCUGUACCUACCUAGUAGGUAUUUAUGUAAAUCCACUUGAUUUAUAAACAUAAAUAAUUUAUAUGUAUAACUAUUAUUAAAUUUAGAUAAUAUUAUGCAUUAUAUUAUAUACGUCAAUUAACAUAGCUCAAUGGUUUGAAUUUCAAUGUAAAUAUAUAUAUUAGCCUAAUUAUUGUGAUUUAUUAUAUUUCAUAUAUCUAGAAUAAUGUUAUUUAUUAAUAUAUUACC